AUGGAGAAAGCAGUAGACAGGAUUAGUGACUUGCCAACGCAUCUCAUGGACCAGAUCCUGGUGCGGUUGCCGAUCAAAGAAGCGGUGAGAACAAGCAUCUUGUCGACCAAGUGGAGGUACAAGUGGGCUUCGAUCCCCGAGCUGGUAUUCCAUAAUGAUCUUGAAUGUCAUCCAAUAGAUGGCCGUCGGCUGGUAGAUAUUGUAGAUCAUGUUUUACGGUCUCAUGUGGGCCCAACAGUCAAGUUUGAGGCCUGCCAUGAAGACGUUUAUGACAGCCGCACCAUCAAUCGUUUGAGGAAACUGGAUAGCUUGGAAUUGACCAGUGUUUCCUUGACUCAAGAUGAUAUCGAACUCCUAAUUUCAAGCAGCCCCCGCCUAACAAAAUUGAGAUUGCACCAUUUGAUUGAUGACGUUGAGUGUCUCAACAUCAGUGCCCCAAAUCUCAAAGUCAUUGAUAUUUGGAGCUCUUAUCAAGAUAUAAAUUUCCAAACUCCCAAUUGCUUGUUUUCAGUUGCGUGUUUCUCCGAAGGCCACAUUCCGGAAAAGUUGCCCCAACCAUGCACUCAGUUGAAAUACCUCUCCUUUGCUAUAGACUUUGGUAGUCCGAAGGAGAUUUUAACAGCUUUUUGCCUCUUGAGGAGCUGCCCGAAUCUUGAAGAGGUUGAAUUUAAGGAGGAGUAUGGUUCACGCAAGCCUUUUGAGCAAGUGAAAUUUCUACCCUUUUCGAACACGGGCGGGUUGGAAGCAGAGAUAGGCCUUAUGAAAUUUCUACUCGUGAACUCACCGGGAUUGAAGAGAAUAAAGGUCCAAGUUUCAUACUAUGAAAGAGUGAGAGAGGUGUAUCUGGAGAAGCUGGUUGAACUUCCGCGAGCCUCUCCUCAGGUUCGGAUCAUAUACGAGCAUGACUCCUUGAAGUUCGACCAAGAGUUUGACGACGAAAUACUGCCAGAAGUGGCUUGA